ACAACAUUGACGUGUCAGUGAAAUUAUGAGUCAUCUCAUAUCGUAUCAACAUCAUUUUAUAUUUAUUCAAAACUUGGGUCUGGAAGAUAAUGGCGCGGGGUGGGUGACAGGGACUCCUGUCUGUGUUCAAUAUUGUGUCACUACGGCUUGAAGUUCAAACGGCAACUUUCCCACGAUCGCUGAGCUAAAUUCCCAGCAUUCUCCGGCUGUGGAGGCGAUAUGGAAGUUGUGCAGUGGAUACCUGCGGCAUACACGCCUAGAGCCGUCUGAGGCACAGCGAGGCCAAGUUUGACCCGUGCGUCAGCCUGUUCCUGAGCGGGGAAGGAAGGUUUGUGGAAUGCGCAGACACUCACGGUUUGCAUCUAUACGGAAUGCUGACAUAUAUAACUGAGUAUGAACCAUUAAAAUGGCACAAGCAGAUUCUUUGGAACUUGAACUCCCAUUGUUUUCUCUCUCCCCCUUCUUUGCCAAAUGUCUAGUAGGAAUAUUAGCAUUUGUGUGCUUCGCUAACAGCUACAAUGGGCGUUUUGUGUUUGAUGACUCGGAAGCCAUCAUCAAUAAUAAGGACAUCAGAGGAGAGACUCCAGUCGCUGAUCUGUGGCUACAUGAUUUCUGGGGUACAAAACUUAAUAGCAAUACCAGUCACAAAUCCUACAGACCUCUCACAGUGUUCACAUUCAGAAUUAAUUACAAUAUAGCGGGAGGAUUGCACCCAGUGGGAUUUCAUGUCGUCAAUAUUGUUUUGCAUUGUUUAGUCUCUGUCCUGAUGCUUGAUGUUUUCUCAUUGCUAUUUGGGGGAAUGUCAUGCAAUCAUAAAGGCAAAAAGAUAACCUGCACCCCAAAAGCAUCACUUCUAGCUGCUUUGCUCUUUGCUGUGCACCCAGUACAUACUGAAUGUGUUGCAGGGAUUGUUGGUAGAGCAGAUUUACUGUGCGCAUUGUGUGUUGUACUUUCAUUUCUUGGAUACUGCAGAGCUCUUCCUGGAAAUAAUACAGGCCAUUCUUCUGUGUUUUGGGUGCUCUUUAGUAUUCUUCUGGCUGCAGUUGGCAUGUUGUGCAAAGAACAAGGUAUUACUGUUUUGGGCUUGAAUGCAGUAUUUGAUGUCUUUGUAAUCUACAAGUUAAACAUUCUGGAAUGUGUCCAGAAGGUACUGCGCAGGGACAAAACAUCAGAGAACAAUACAUUUGACAAAAAGGGACUAUUUACAAGGAUCAGCCUUUUGGCGUCUGGUGGUAUAUGCAUGCUUUACAUACGCUGGCAUAUAAUGGGGACUGGACCACCUGCUUUUACCGAAGUAGACAACCCAGCUUCAUUUGCAGAUAGCCUGCUUGUGAGAGUAAUAAACUAUAAUUACUACUAUUCCUUGAACGGAUGGCUGCUGCUGUGCCCCUGGUGGCUGUGCUUUGAUUGGUCAAUGGGCUGCAUACCUCUUAUUAACUCUCUUAGUGACUGGAGAGUAAUUGCACUAGUAGCUCUUUGGUUCUGUCUGCUUGGCUUAAUGUACCAAGCUGUAUGCUCAAAUAAUGCACAAAAGAGAAGGAUAUUGACAUUGGGAUUAGGUUUCCUCAUCAUUCCUUUUCUUCCUGCAAGUAAUCUUUUCUUCCGAGUUGGAUUUGCUGUGGCUGAAAGAGUUCUGUACCUACCGAGUGUUGGUUACUGUAUGUUAUUUACCUAUGGAUAUAGUAAAAUCUGUAGACUUGUUAAAAACAAGAAACUUGUAAGUGCUGCAAUACUUGGAAUUCUGGUUAUCAACGUGGUCCGCUGUAUAUGUCGUAGCAGUCAGUGGAAAUCAGAAGAGCUGCUUUUCCGGAGCGCAAUUUCUGUUUGUCCUCUAAACGCUAAGGUGCAUUACAAUGUGGGUAAAAAUUUGGCAGACAGAGGAUACCAAACGGCAGCCAUUGAAUUUUACAGAGAAUCUGUAAGGUUGAAUCCCAAAUAUGUGCAUGCAAUGAACAAUCUUGGAAACAUAUUGAAGGAGAAGGAUCAACUUGAGGAAGCACAGCAACUCCUCUCACGAGCUGUCGCUAUUCAGCCGGAUUUUGCUGCUGCAUGGAUGAAUUUAGGUAUUGUUCAAAACAGCCUUAAACACUUUGAAGAAGCUGAAAAAAGCUAUUUAACUGCAAUCAAGUACAGAAAGAAAUAUCCAGACUGCUACUACAACCUUGGUCGAUUGUACGCAGACCUCAAUCGCCAUGUGGAUGCACUGAAUGCUUGGAAAAAUGCCACAUUUUUGAAACCAGAACAUAGCUUGGCUUGGAACAAUAUGAUUAUAUUAAUGGAUAAUACAGGCAACUUGGCUAAAGCUGAAGCUAUUGGAAGAGAAGCCCUGAAAUUACUACCAAACGACCACUCUAUAACCUUUUCUUUAGCAAAUGUAUUGGGAAAAGCACAAAAAUACAAGGAAUCUGAAGUUUUGUUCCUUAAAGCUAUUGAAGCGAACCCUUCAUCUGCAAGUUAUCACAAUAAUUUAGCUGUCCUGUACCAUCGCUGGGGAAAUCUGGAUCUGGCCAAGAAACACUAUGAAAUCUCCAUGAAGCUUGACCCUUCUGCCCCAGGGACAAAGGAAAACUACAGUCUCUUGAAACGAAAGCUUGAACAACUGCAGAAGAAGGGCCGUGGGUGAGCGAGCCCACUCUCCAGGCCGAAGAUUCAGGCAACCGUUUUUUUAACUGGAAAGUGACAGCAUUGUAACUCAGUUUGGGCCUGAUGCUGUGCAUUUCACUUAGUAGUGAGACGUCUCGGUACUCGACUUGUGGUACAAAUGAAGAAUCUUCAGCUCUGCAUGUGCCACUGAUCAUAGAAUCUACACAACCUGGAAGCACUGAGGGGCAGAUUUUGAAAUUUAUCAUGUACUUUCUCUUUAAAACUUCGACUUCGACCAUUCGCCAUCUAAAACCUGCCGAAUUGCUGUUUUAGCCUAUGGGGGACCUCCUAGAACCUAUUUGGAGUCAAUUAGUGGACUUUAAACAAAACUUCAAAUCUGAUUCGAUUGAAUAUGAUGUUACUUCGAUUCGAACAAUUCGAAUUCGACCGAAUACGGCCUAUUCACCCGCAGAAAAAAACGUUGAAUUUUUAAAUACAUUUCAGUUGUUCUUUUUUUUAUUCAACUUUCGAAGUUAUGGGAGUUCAAAAAAAACUCCCAUUACUUCGAAAUGCGAACCUUGAUAAAUCUGCCCCUGAAUGUACAUGCUGAUAUUCUGGAACUUGAGCACCAGCGUGUCCAUUCUAUUCUCAAAUGAUCAUGCAUGGACUGUUCAUCAUUUUUCUAAAGGUACAAUAGUGGGUUAAAAGAGAAAACGUGUGGGAUUUUUAUUUAGUGAGUAUUCUUAGUUGCUGUGAUAUGAAUCAACUCUUGAGUCGCUAUAGCUUUUUUAAUGCUGCAUGAGCCUUCUCAGCGACCUGAGCUUUCCAAAGGCAUUUCUGCACAGUGUAUUUGGAAAUGUAGCUUUAAUAUUUGCUUUGGGUUGAAAAGUGCACUUUACAGUUCAUCGAAAUCCACUAUGUGAUUGCCAACAAGUGUCUGUUUACAGCUCAUAUGAAGUGAUUCAGUCUCCUUGUUGCUGUUGCAUUUACACCUUUCGUACACUUUUAGAGAUUUGUACAAUUGGCAUUUUAACCCAUUUGCAAUUUCCAAAAUGAUUUUGUUUACCUUUUCACAAAAAAUGUGUGCAUUUUUGAAUGUUUGUGUGUCUAGCCGUAUGUCCGCUAUUUAUUUUGUGGUUUCAGUCAGUUUAAAACGUUGUUCCCACUGCAAAUGUAUGCAUGUAGCCGUAAUCAUUUGAAUAAGUCUAAAUGUAAAUAAAUACAGUGGGAUUUUUACAAAUAAAACCAUGCCCUAGGUUCA